UCGUUGAUCACAGACAGGCGCGUUGUCAUUCGCUAGUGUGCGUCGAGGAGGGAGCAUGGAGUAACUUAUUUGUCUUUGAGAGGAGUUCCAGUUUGUUGUGGCUAUGGGAAUAUUUUUAACAUUUGGACAGUGACAAUCAUAUAAUUGAGUGCAGCAAAAGCUGAGUGUGGUGUUUUUCUCAGCAUUGUGAUUUAAAGUGUAUGAGCUGUGUCUGAAGAUACACGACAUGGACGCGAUAACUAAGUGGUCGCCAAAACAAGUUGUGGAUUGGAUGAAAGGCCUGGACGACAGCCUGCAGCAGUAUGUGCAGAACUUUGAGCGAGAGAAGAUCGAUGGGGAACAGCUGCUGAAGAUCUCGCACCAGGACCUGGAGGAGCUGGGCGUGGUCAAAAUCGGACACCAGGAGCUGGUGCUGGAAGCAGUCGACCUGCUGUGUGCCCUGAACUACGGGCUGGAGACGAACACCCUGAGGACCCUGGUGAAGCAGAUGCGGGCGGCCGCCAACGGCCUGCGGGAGUACACCCUGGACCGCAGGAAGAGCCCCUCCUACGACGGCACCACCUCCCGGAAGCCCCCCAACCACUUCCUCACCUCCGUGGUGGGGCUCAUCGGCACUGCAAAGAACCUGCUGGCCUGGCUGGACAGGACGCCCCUGACCGGGAUUAGUGACUUCACCACCACCAAGAACAAAAUCAUUCAGCUGUGCCUGGAACUCACCACCACGGUCCAACAGGACUGCACGGUUUACCAGAUGGAAGAAAAGAUCUUGGAAGUGUCAAAGGUCCUGAACAGCAUCUGUGACCAGACCAUAAGGACCACAUCAGACCCCCUGAAGAGCCAUUCAGCUUGUUUGGAGGAGGUCCGGAUCUCCAACAUCAGACCAGGAGAAGGAUUGGGCAUGUACAUCAAAUCCACCUAUGACGGGCUGCACAUUAUCACCGGCACCACAGAGCAUUCUCCGGCUGACAGAACCUGUAAAGUCCAUGCAGGGGACGAAGUGAUACAGGUCAACCACCAGACAGUGGUGGGCUGGCAGCUGAAAAACCUGGUUGGAAAGCUGAGGGAGGACCCAGGGGGCGUGGUCCUGGUGCUAAAAAAGAGGCCCACUGCGACCUCGGGCUUCACCCCCGCCCCCCUCAAGAACAUGCGCUGGAAGCCCCCCCUCGUCCAGAACAUACCUUCUCUGACUAAAGCCCAGCCUUCACAAGGCUCAGGGGUCAGCUCUGGGAAGAAGGAGAAGCUCGCCAUCCUGGACCUGUACAUCCCUCCUCCACCGUCCGUCCCGUACACCCCACGAGAUGUGAAGACCAGCACGAGUGCUAGCAGCAGCACGAGUGCUAGCACCAGCACGAGGCAGAAGGGGUCGGAGUCGCCCAACUCCUUCUUGGACAAAGAGAACCGGCGGCGCUUCAGCCUCACGGACUACAACAAAAUGGGGAUCGGCCCCGUGGUGGCCGGCGUCCCCAAACCCCAGCUAAGAGAUCGGACCUCCUCACGUGGCAAACCUCGCCCACUCUCAAUGCCAGCGGAUACCUGCGUUGGAGCGGUCGACCCUUUCCCCAGGCCGUGGCCCCAAAGCCGAAGAGCAGGGAUGGAUCUUUAUCGAUACCUGAGCAACGAGCGAAUCCCCACCAUCGCUGAGGAAUCCGCGCCCGCCCCGGUCCGCUUGCGGCCCACCUCACAGCUGCUCCACGGGGUGGACCACAUACGUGGCAGCCGCCUCUUCGUCAACACGGACACGCACAACGUCAGUACGAUCCCUUACCAAGAGGACACCAAGAAGGUCCCCGCUCACUCCCCAUCCACCACUAAGUCGCCCUCGCUACUGGUGUCAGAAUGGCCUCCCCGGUACAUGCCCAGCAGGAGAUACAGCUACCCUGCAGUCAGACCCUGGUCUUUCUCUCAAGCGGCCGCUUUCCCCCUCUCAGUGGCUCCCCCUAUGGCGGCUGAUGGCUAUACCCCUGUUUCCUUGCGACAGAAGUCCAGGAAGAAGAAUAGAGGUGAGACGAGAGCUUCCAAAGUGUUUCUUCAUGACAGGCUCCUCCCCUCGGACUGCAAUGCUCCGAUGAGCCGGAGGAGGAUCUCGGUGAAAGAGCUGGGUCAGCCCGACCACCAGGGCUGGCUCUACAGGAAGCGAGAAGACAAAGGCUUCCUGGGGAUGAAGUGGAAGAAGUACUGGUUUGUGCUGAAGAAGUCCUCGCUCUACUGGUACGCGUGCCCGACGGCUGAAAAGGCUGAAGGAUACAUAAACCUAACGGAUUUCAUGAUUGACCGGGCAAUGGAAUGCAAGAAAAAGUAUGCCAUGAAGGCUUGCCACCCUGAUGUCAUGAUGUUUUACUUCGCAGCAGAGAGCACUGAGGAGAUGAACAGGUGGUUGAAUAAGCUUGGGCUGGCUGCUAUUCUGUAUGACCCAAAUGAUAACACAGGUGAGUGUUACAGUGAAGGGAGUGACCAGGAAGAAGAAGACUCCUCGGAUGCACCUCCUCCCCCGUAUUCAGAGCAGAUGAGCACAGAUUCAGGGAAUGAAACACAGGGCAGCCUUCCCCCGCCUUACUCCUCUGGCCCUCCCAGUGACGCCACUGACUCCACCUCCUCGCCUGUCAGUACUAUGACAUCACAGAGCUCCGCUUCCUCACUGACCAAUCCCAGGCAGUCCUCUCCCGACAUAGUCCCAAAGUCCACGCCCGCUGCUGGAGAGACAUUGGUUUGUUCUGCGCAGAUUCACCGACUGGAUGCCUUGCCUGCUGAAGAUGAGAGGCCAAAUGGGGAGUCUCAAAAGCCCCAGGACACCUCCCUCUCGCAGGAUAACUGCAUAGAGCAAAAUGAGGAGCAGGGGGAGUCGGCUGUAACAGAAUCUAGAGAAGGGGAAGCUGCCUCUGAUGAAAUGGAACAGUUAUACAUUGGCCUGAGAGCCGCCAGCUUAUCACCCAUUGGUCAACGCAAGCCUUCCACUAAGAGGGACUUCAGGAAGUCUUUUAUCAAGCGCUGCAAAAAUAAGAACAUCAACGAAAAGCUGCACCUCAUUCGGACACUGACCAGCACUCUCAAGGCUAGAGAAGCCGACCUGUCGACAAUCGAACAGUUGCUGAGUGACCACUGUCUGACCUCACAAAAAUACAGGGAGUGGAAGGAAGCCAAUGUGCAGCUGCUUCAGGACGUUUCCCAAAGACACCAACUUCUUGUGGGGGAGGAGGAGAAUAAGGGGCAACCCGCAGAGGUGGCCAGAGCUGGCCUUUUCUCUGAGACCAGUGUGUGAGCGCCCUAACUAAAGACACAAAGCAAAGCACCAGAGAAACCCAACACCAUUAUGAACUUUUUUUUAAAACCACUGUUUGUAAAGAAUUUACUAUUUAAUAUGGAGUGUGACUGCCUUGCUAGGACUUACAUGACUUUAAUCGUGGAUAUGUUUGAAGCUUAAUGGCUUCGGUUCAAACCCAACCAAGGAGGCUGGAAGACAAACGACUUCAUUCCUCUGUUCUAUUUAGGGCACUUUUUCUUGAACUUCACCUGCAUGUGUUUUGUGUUCAUGUUGUGCCUUCAAAUGAACGUGGUCUCCCCAGUUUAUGUUCUCUUUGUUUUUGAUGAUCACUGUAAAAUUGAGAGAAUUUCAACCAAUGUGCAGUUUCUUCUUUUCAUAAGUAAACUUAAUUUAAUCAAUAGAUAUUGAUUAAAGUACAACCACCACAACUGAAAACACUGUAAAGAGAAAUGUUGUAAUAGGCUAUGGACAGUUAUGGACAGUGCUGCGUUCCCUUGCAGUGCUGUCAAGUGUUACAAAAUGUCACUACUAUGAGAAAGGAAAACUAAUAACGUACAAGUGGAAAACAAUUAAACUUUAACAGCAAUAUGGCAUAUUUUGCCUUGAGGGAUUUCAAGCGUUCUAUCAUUGGUAAAUCCGUUUAAAAAUAUGCAACUUUAAUAUUGUAAAUAAACGUGCGUUGCUGUAGACGACGCCAAAACAUGUGUAGUUCCUGUUUUUUUUUUGGAAAAAAAUGCAUUAGUAAAUACUCUACAGAACUGAUGUUUUGUAACGACAGUACAAUAAAAUGUAUAUCAGUAAAUGUUUGA